CUCGAGAGCCUUUAUUACCAGGAUGCAACUCUUUUUUAAGACUGUUACUGGAAACACCGUCUCUCUUGAGGUUCAGCCCACGGAGUCCGUGGAGAACGUCAAGAAGAUGAUUCAGGAGAAGGAGAACAUCGACUACUACAACCAGCGUUUUGUGUUCGCUGGCAAGGAGCUGGACGAUUCGGAGGCGAUCAGCGCCUGCGGAGUCAGCGAGGCUGCCACCAUUGAAGUGCUGUUCAAGAUGGCUGGAGGAGUGAUCGAGCCCACCUUGGCUGCUCUGGCCAAGAAGUACAACUGCGAGAAGAUGGUGUGCCGUAAGUGCUACGCUCGUCUUCCUCUUCGUGCGCACAACUGCCGUAAGAAGAAGUGCGGACACAGCAACCACCUCCGCCCCAAGAAGAAGCUGAAGUAAUUGUGAAUGUUUGCCUGUCUCGAGCUGGAACGUUUUCU